CAACUCAUCAUCAUCAUCAUCAUCAUCAUCCUCUGCAGGAUUGUAAACAAAGCAGUCUGCUUCUUCUUCGUAUUCUUAUUAAUAUUCUUGCGUUUGAAAACUUUUGAUUCUCAAUCCGCACUUACCGCCUUUUUUUUUUUUUACCUUUAAUUCGUCGAAAUCAUCAACAAUUUCCACCUCUGCCGUCGGAAUGGCUGGAAAAGCUGCUGCAACUCAAUCAGCUGCUGCUUUUGAGUUUGAACUUUUUGAAGGAGAUCCUGAUCAUCUUAGGACUGUUGUAGCAACACCAAACCUGAUUAGUCCAUGGAUUGAUCCUGCAACAUUGAAACUGAGACACAGAAUUGGUAGAGGGCCCUUUGGCGAUGUCUGGUUAGCAACCCAACAUUUGUUCGCAGAAGAUUAUGACGAGUAUCAUGAAGUGGCUAUCAAAAUGUUACAUCCGAUCAAAGAGGAUCUUAUGAAGGUUGUAUUGGAUAAAUUGGAAAACUUAUUUUCUAAAUGCCAAGGAUUAAAAGGUGUUUGCUGGCUACAUGGGAUUUCAGUUAUAAGUGGAAAGAUUUGUAUUAUCAUGAAAUUCUAUGAGGGAUCUCUUGGUGACAAAAUGGCUCAUCUUAAAGGAGGGAAGCUUUCAUUGCGUGACAUUUUGAGGUAUGGGAUCGAUUUGGCACAAGCAAUUUUAGAACUGCACUCAAAAGAGAUUCUGGUUCUUAACCUUAAGCCUUAUAAUUUCCUACUUAAUCAAAAUGAUGAAGCAAUUCUCGGAGAUUUGGGGAUUCCUUAUUUACUGCUUCAGAUUCCAUUGCCAAGCUCAGAUAUAGCUCGGAGACUUGGAACUCCAAACUACAUGGCCCCAGAACAGUGGCAACCGGAAGUAAGAGGUCCCCUGUCCUUAGAGACUGACUCAUGGGGAUUUGGUUGCAGCAUUGUGGAGAUGUUGACUGGUGUUCAGCCUUGGUGUGGAAAGUCAGUUGAGGAGGUCCAUGACUCAGUUGUCAGAAAGCAAGAAAAACCAUUUAUUCCAAGUGGUCUUCCUCCUGCUGUCGAGAGAGUUAUCAUUGGUUGCUUUGCUUAUGACUUCAGGAGUCGACCUUCAAUGAAAAAUAUAUUAGAAGCAUUCAAAAGCUCUGAGAAUGCAGUCUACAGUGAUGGAGGCUGGACAGGGCUUGGGAGUAGAACAAUUACGGACAAUUUUAUUGUUAAUGGUUACUCAGAAUGGUUUCUCUCUAAAGAGAAUUUCCAAGUGGGUGACCUGGUGCGUUCGAGGAAGCCACCGCACUCAUGCAAACCUGAGAACAUGGAUGUGCCGGGAGGAACCGUGGUGGGUUUAGAACGGGACUCUGAUCAAGAUGGUUAUGUUCUGGUGAGGGUCCUAGGCAUCCAUGAUCCUUUAAGGGUUCAUAAAUAUACAUUGGAGCGGGUUACAUCAGGCUUAGCAGCAGGGGAUUGGGUGCGUUUGGAGACUGAAGACAGGAGGAAUUCACGGGUGGGUAUUCUUCAUUCUAUCAGUCGUGAUGGCAGCGUGGAUGUUGGAUUUAUUGGGAUGGAGACUCUUUGGAAGGGAAGUUGUACCAAUCUCCAGAUGGCAGAAUCUUAUUGCAAGGGGCAGUUUGUGAGGCUGAAGGCAAACGUUUUAAGCCCACGAUUUGAAUGGCCUCGGAAGAGGGGCGGGGCUUGGGCCACAGGAAGGAUUUGGCAGGUCCUUCCAAACGGAUGCUUGGUUGUUAACUUCCCAGGGAGGCUGCCUAUAGGAGAUGAAUGCAGCAGCUUCUUGGCAGACCCAGCUGAAGUGGAACUGGUUUCUUUUAAUACUAGUCCUGGAUUGGUGAAGAAGUAUCAACAUCUGGAGGAUUUUCACUGGGCUGUGAGGCCACUUCUAAUUGCACUGGGCCUAUUUUCGGCAAUGAAGUUUGGCAUUUUUGUUGGAAAGAAGAUAGGAAUAGGAAGGUCAAAGGAGAAGAGAGGCCAGAGCACUAUGACACAGAACGAGAGUCAACAUUUGGACAAUCAGACUGCCGGCAAUGCAGCUUGGCUUCCUCAAACAGUGGCAGUCUCCUCAGAGAAGGUGUUAGCUCAGGUAAUGGCCGGUAAAUUUCUGCCCAAGAGCUAAGUGAAACUUUGCUGGCAUGUACAUAAAAUUGCAUGAGGAAAUCCAUUAGCUGGUUUAGAACCAAAAAGUACUGCAAAAUGGGUAUCCAAGUUGAUGAAUUUACGGUGGUGUAUAUAUACUUUUAAAGUGAAUUCAGUGCUAUAAAUAUGUCUAUUUUUCUGCUUUAUCUUA